GUGAAGUGGAAAGGGAAGGACCUGUUUGACCUGGUGUGCAGGACCCUGGGGCUGCGGGAAACCUGGUUCUUUGGGCUGCAGUACACCAUCAAGGACACGGUGGCAUGGCUCAAAAUGGACAAAAAGGUCCUGGAUCAUGAUGUUCCCACAGAAGAGCCCAAAACUUUUCACUUCCUGGCCAAAUUUUAUCCUGAGAAUGCAGAGGAGGAAUUGGUGCAGGAAAUCACCCAGCACCUGUUCUUCCUGCAGGUGAAGAAGCAGAUUUUGGAUGAGAAGAUCUUCUGUCCUCCUGAAGCCUCUGUCCUGCUGGCCUCCUAUGCUGUCCAAGCCAAGUACGGUGACUACGAUCCCAACGUGCACAAGAGAGGCUUCCUGGCACAGGAGGAGCUGCUUCCCAAGCGGGUAAUAAACCUGUACCAGAUGACUCCAGAGAUGUGGGAGGAAAGGAUAACAGCCUGGUACGCAGAGCACCGGGGCAGAGCCAGAGAUGAAGCUGAAAUGGAGUAUCUGAAGAUAGCCCAGGACCUGGAAAUGUACGGCGUGAACUACUUUGCCAUCAGGAAUAAAAAGGGCACAGAGCUGCUCCUUGGAGUUGAUGCCUUGGGUCUGCACAUUUAUGACCCAGACAACAGGCUGACCCCUAAAAUCUCCUUCCCAUGGAACGAGAUCCGGAAUAUCUCCUACAGUGAUAAAGAGUUUACGAUUAAGCCAUUGGACAAAAAGAUUGAUGUUUUUAAAUUCAAUUCAUCAAAGCUGCGUGUGAAUAAGCUGAUCCUUCAGCUGUGCAUUGGGAACCACGACCUCUUCAUGAGGAGGAGGAAGGCAGACUCGUUGGAGGUGCAGCAGAUGAAGGCACAGGCCAGGGAGGAGAAGGCCAGGAAGCAGAUGGAGCGACAGUGCCUGGCACGAGAGAAGCAAAUGAGAGAAGAGGCUGAGAGGACCAGGGAUGAGCUGGAGAGGAGGCUGAUGCAGCUGAAGGAGGAGGCAACCAUGGCCAACGAGGCUCUGAUGAGGUCGGAGGAGACGGCGGAUCUGCUGGCGGAGAAGGCGCAGAUCACGGAGGAGGAGGCCAAGCUGCUGGCGCAGAAGGCGGCCGAGGCCGAGCAGGAGAUGCAGCGCAUCAAGGCCACGGCCAUCCGCACCGAGGAGGAGAAGAGGCUGAUGGAGCAGAAGGUGCUGGAGGCAGAGAUGUUGGCACUGAAAAUGGCCGAGGAGUCAGAGAGGAGGGCAAAGGAGGCUGAUCAGCUCAAGCAGGACCUGCAGGAGGCUCGCGAGUCAGAGCGCAGAGCCAAGCAGAAGCUCCUGGAGAUCACCAGCAAGUCUUCCUACACACAGUCCAUGAACUCGAGUACCACAGCACUGCCCACUGACCUGCCGAGCUACAACCUCAUCAGUGAGAGCCUCUCCUUCGACUUCAAGGAUACAGACAUGAAGAGGCUGUCCAUGGAAAUCGAGAAGGAGAAGGUGGAGUACAUGGAGAGGAGCAAGCACCUGCAGGAGCAGCUCAACGAGCUGAAGACAGAAAUUGAGGCACUGAAGCUCAAGGAGAGGGAGACAGCUCUGGAUAUUUUGCACAACGAGAACUCCAGCCGGGGCAACAGCAAGCACAACACUAUUAAAAAGCCUCAAGCCCAGGGCAGAAGACCUAUCUGCAUUUGAGAAUUCCAAGUAGGUUAUUCCAAGGUACUCUGGUGGGCUGCUGGGCUCUGGCUGUGGCACUAACCCGUGCAUGAGCUUGCCUGCGCUCCAGCGGCACCGGCUGCCCGUGGUCACCCGUCCAGCCUGGCUCUCCCUCCCCCAGGAGCACCCCCAGCCUCUCUGCACUUCUUCCUACACCUCAUCCUCCGUGCUGGGAAGCUUUCUUGGCAGAAAUUGUGUUGGCAACCUCAGAGGGGGAGUUCAGGUACAGGCACGUUAAUAAUUCAGCACGCCUGUUUUUGCACCGGUGGUUGGGAAUCUAUCGGAGGUGCAGGGCAGCCUUUGAAGAUUCUUUUAAUGAAGUAAACCAGCACCUUCCCCCCUUGUUUGUUGCAGAAAGAAAUUCAGGAUGUUAAAAAAAAUGCCCCAAACAAACAGCUAAACCAAUAAUCUUUGCUGCCAACGUUGUCAAAAUGGGCUAAAAAUGCACAGCUCCGGCUCGGAGCCGAGCAGCACGAGGAUGCUCUGCCUGUUGGAGAAGCAUCCCAGGAAGGUAAAGCAGAGGAUUGAGGACAACUGGUGUCUGCAGGUGGCUCUGUGCCAGGGGAAGGUCACCAGCACACCUGGGGACAGGAGCUGUCCUUCUCCCUGCACUGCCUCUGCCUGUCCCUCACCACCUCCUGCCCAGGGCGUCCUGCUCUGUUAGUGCCACAUCUCUUAUUCCUGGAGCCUGCUUUCCUCCAAGGAUUUGCCCUCAAUCUGCAGGCUGGAUGUGCUGAGCAUCCACUCCCUCCUUCGGGAGGAUGAGUCUGGGGAAGCUUUCCUGCUCUGCCCUGGGGCAAAGUUCUUGCACAGCCACAGGGUUUUGGGAGCUUGGAGUCGGUGGCACUCAGGGAAAUACUGGGAUACCACACUCAUGGGUGGCAGAGCUGGUGGGAAAUGCUUUUGGAAAAGAUAGAGCAAUUCCCCAGCACCUCUGGAGCUCAGGAGCAGAGGCAGGAGGUUGUUUUACCCAGGAGAACUCAGAACAAGGCUGUGCCGUUCUUCACUGCACCAGCCAUUCCAGGGGCUGUAAAUCCCUGGAGUUUGGGGUUUGUGCCAGCUCUGAGGAGCUGCAGGUGUUCCCAAAACAGGCUGCUCUCAUUGUUGAACAGUUCCAUGGGGAAGAGGCUAAAAGGGGUGACCCUGCAGGUCUGGGCCAGCUUGGGGGAGGUGUUGGAUAUUUCCACACAGACUGGCUGUGGAUGAAAUGCAUUAUCCCAUCCCACCUGCCUUGAAGAGCUCUGUGAAAUUUGGGGUGAAAUCCGCUUGUGGCCACAGCACAAGGAGGUGAAAGGAAGCCCUGGCAGUCUGUGGGAAGACUCUUGCAGCAGCUGGGAGAGCUGCAGUGCCCAGGAGGAGCCCCCAUAAUUAAAGCAUCUGCACAGCGAGCGCUGCAGUGUGACCUCUGGGCUUUGGCGCCUGCCUUUGAAGGCGCCUGCGAAGUUUUUCAUGUUUAAUUACGUGGUUAACAUGCUAAUCCCUUUUUAUGAGCUCUGUGGGCACAGCACAGACACCUCAUCUGGAAGCUGCUCUCCCUUCUCCGUAGCUCCCUGCCGUGGGCUGGUGCUGUGGCUCCAGCUGGCUCCGAUUCAGGAGGGUUUGUCACUUCGUCUGUGGUAAAGGGUGAAAAACCCACUUCUUCCUCAUCUCCUCCGCUGCAGGAAAGCUCCCAGGACAGGCUGCUAAAACACAAUCAGGUCUUUGAUUCCACUUGCUUUCUUCUUGCACAGUCAUGCUUAUUUACUGGGAUUUAAGCCCUUUGAAGUAUCCAGGCAAGGAGCAAAUCUCCACGCCUGUUCCCAGACAAGCAGCUUUGUGCUUGAGCCUCUGGUCCUUCCACAGGCAGCCUCAGCCUCUCCUGCCAGGCUCUCACGUGGCAGAGAGCAGCUUCUCCAGGGCUUGAGCUCCAUCCCAGAGCAUCACUUUGGGGCCCACGGGGAUCCUGCUGGCUCCUUCCCUGGCUCUGAUCCUGGAUGCAGUGCAGUGUUGCCCUUGGCUUGGAUAAUGAUCAUUGUGGAGACACUUGGAGAUCUGAGCUGGGGUGUUCAGGGUGGAGAAGAGAAGGCUCCAGGGAGACCUUAGAGCCCCUCCCAGUGCCUGAAGGAGAGCUUGGAGGGACUGGAGACAAGGGAUGGAGGGACAGGACA